UAUAUUCUACCUUUAUGUUGGGUAAUCAGUGCCAAUUCUGUAUUAUCUUUCUAGAUUCCUUUUUGUAAUCUCAUGCAGAUAAACAGCUAGGGACAAUGAUUGUACUGUUUACUAAGGGCAAGUUCACUGUCUCCAGGAUCAUUCAUAAGCCACUGAACUAUUUAAACCCCAGAGUCUUCCUAAAUUGUGGGAUGUUUAUUUUGUAGCAGAAAAUUUACUUUCCAUUUCAAUGUCUUCAGCCUUCUUCAGCCAGUAUUAUAUCAGAACCUGCCUCCAUAGGGUCUCCUGAUCUGUUUUUCACAGAUUUUACAGUUACCAAAAUACUCUUUCUUAAUUCCAUAUUUAAUAAUAUAAUUAUUAUCUCAUUCAUAAAUUUUCAGUUGUUCCCUAGUGCCUAAGGUAUAAAAUAAAAAUUCCUUAAUCUGAUGUUUAAGACCUUUCAUAAUCUACCCAUAAAUUACCUUUCCAGAUUUAUUUCACUUUGCUUCUGUUCCUGUACUGCCCAUUCUAUUCUGUAGAAACUGGGCUAUUCUUUCCACAGUUCGAGUUGGUAUCUCCAAUGUCCAUCUUUGAAUCAACUAAUAUAAAUUAGGUACUUCCCACAUCCCCAUACCUCUAGAGGCCCACACUUGUGCUUGGAAUGCACUUUCUCUUUAUCUUUUCCCAACUGCUAGAGCUCUUUCUUCCAAAAUAUCUAACAUUUAACUAUGUUGUACACAUUUUUAUGUAUGAUUGUUGUCUUCCCCUUUAGAAAGUAAACCCAUUGUAAGAUUUUCAUUUUUUUUCAUUUUUUGUAUUCAUAUCUCUAGUACCUAACAUGAUCCCCACCAUAUAGUAAGCACUUACAUAAUUAUUGAUUGAUGGGUCAGUUUCUUACCUUUCAGAAUCCUUCUCUUCAAGUUUAAUCUCAGGGACACUUUCUUUGAUCCUACCAUUUAAAAGUAAUCUCUUCAUCUUCAAAAUUUUCUAGAACAUUUUUCCUGGAUCGCUCCUUUGCCCCCAGCACAAUUUACUAAGUGUUAUUAAUUGGAGGGUAUGAAGAAUGCAUACACUUUGAAGGAGGCGGAGAGAGUUUCUUUCUCAUUACCGUAAAGGUAAACAACUUCAACCCUAUUAUAAAUGGAGCCUAAAGUGCCCUCUGUCACUCAGAACUACAGCUGGCACCUGGAGGAGAGCUACCGGUCUGUCCCUUUGGAAUAUAGAUAAGAGGAGGAUCAGGACAGUAUGAGUUCCAAGCCAAAGUCAAUUGGGAUCAUCGGAGCUCCUUUCUCCAAAGGACAGCCACGAGGAGGGGUGGAAGAAGGUCCUGCAGUGCUGAGAAAGGCUGGCCUAGUUGAAAAACUUCAAGAACUAGGGUGUGACGUGAAAGAUUAUGGGAACUUGUCUUUUGUUGAUGUAAUCAAUGAUACCCCCUUUCAAAUUGUGAAGAAUCCAAGGACUGUGGGUAAAGCUAAUGAGCAGCUGGCUGAAGUAGUCGCAGAAGUAAAGAAGAAUGGAAGAACCAGUUUGGUACUUGGCGGGGAUCACAGUUUGGCAAUUGGAACUAUCUCUGGCCAUGCUAAGGUUCAUCCAGAUCUCUGCGUCAUUUGGGUAGAUGCACAUACUGAUAUCAACACUCCUUUGACAACCACAAGUGGCAACCUACAUGGACAGCCUGUGUCUUUCCUUUUGAAGGAACUGAAGGGAAAGAUUCCUGAACUUCCAGGAUUCUCUUGGGUGACACCCUGCUUAUCAGCUAAGGACAUUGUAUAUAUUGGAUUGAGAGAUGUGGAUCCUGGCGAACAUCGCAUCCUUAAAGAUCUGGGUAUUAAAUUUUUUUCAAUGACUGAAGUAGAUAAGCUUGGAAUUGGCAAAGUAAUGGAAGAAACACUAAGUUACUUAAUAGGAAGGAAAAAAAGACCAAUUCAUCUGAGUUAUGAUGUGGAUGGGUUGGAUCCAUUUUUCACACCAGCUACUGGCACUCCUGUCCCUGGAGGCCUGACUUACAGAGAAGGUAUCUAUAUUACGGAAGAAAUCUAUAAAACAGGGCUCCUCUCGGGAUUAGACAUAAUGGAAGUCAAUCCAUCCCUUGGGAAAACACCAGAAGACAUAAGCCGGACAGUAAACACGGCUGUUGCAUUAACUUUGUCCUGCUUUGGAGUAGCUCGAGAGGGCAAUCAUAGAAACAACUAAUUUUGAAAAGGAACUGAGUUGGAAAGAGAACUGAUAAAGAUUUAAUGCUGGCUAACAAUGAGCAACUAAAAAUUAUGCUUAAGCUUACAUUUUCCCCAAAAUCUUUUGCCAAAGUUUAAUAGGUAGAUUAAAAUUCUGAUCCCUUUGUUAGCAAAAAUCAAAGUAUUUUUUUUUGUUUGCCCAUUAGCUUUAAUCAAGGGAAAAGACUUAUGGUAACCUUGGGGUAGAGAAAUGUAAACUUGAGGCUAGUUCAUUAAUUUGCUGUUGGCUGACUGAACAACAUAAAAUAUGUGGUGAAAACUGGUAACGGGGGUAAAUAGCAUUAAUCUUUUUUGCUAUGUAUAUCUGUACAUGCUAGAGACCAAACUUAAGCUAAUACACAUCAGGUAACAGCAGCAAGAACCAUAUUCAUUCAUCUGAGUUUUGUUUGGUUCUUUUUAUAAGGAAGAAUAGCUUCAAUAAGACCUCGUCUUUUCAGUCUUCCACCAGUAAUGCCAGAGAUUUUUAUGUGAAAUUUUAUAUGAAUUCUGAAAUAUUUGCCUGAAUAAUUUAAAUUUAUGUCACUAAGUCCGUUUAGGGGAAAUGCCUUGUUAUAAAAUUUCUUUCUUCCAAAACAUCGACUAUUAAUAAAAACACUUUGUUAAAUUUA